UGGUAACUAAACGCUGUCUGCUCCGCCCCUCCCUCUCUUGGGUUAAAGACGUUGAACUAGUAAGAUGUGCUCUUAUCAUUUAUUACAAUAAAUAAUAGUUAAACAGUUAGUAUUGGUAUUAAUUAAUUACCGGAUACAAAUAAACCCAUUCGAGCAUCCCAACAUCACACUGGCGACGAGAAGGUUACGAAUCGACGUGAAACUGUAUGUAUUUUAACAUCUUGCAAUUAGAGGUUAUCAACAUAAUUUCAAUCCCCAAAACGUCACCACAGAGCAAUUAAUUGACAGUAAACUUGAAGGAAAUCACAAUCAGUCGGUAAAGCAGAGCAUAUAUUCAAGCAAUAUCAAAACGCAAACGUCAAACGCCACUAUACGGCAAGUGUCAUAACUCUGUCGGUAAAACAGACAUGGCAGCCGCCAUCUUAUUUGCUACUGCAUACAACUGAAGUGAAGAUCGACAACAAGGAACAAUCGAUAAUGUCGCUUGAAGAAUUUCAAAGUAAAAUUGCAAGUGGUCAAACGUCGUGGAUACAAGACGUACCAAAAGAUACAUUAUCAGAACUCUUAACACAAUUAGGAUUAACGACAGGCCCAAAUCCAAGUAUCGACGACCUACGAAAAGCGCUUCGGGAACACGUAAAAACAAAAAAAAUAAAAAUGACGCACCAGUCAACGCUCCCUAUUACAAGCUUAGAAAAUUUCAGUGGUGGCAAUUGGAGGAGCUACGAAGAACAACUCAAUUGUUACAUGUUAUUGCAUGACAUCUCUGGAGACAAAAAGGUUCCGCUCUUGAUUACGAAGUUAACAAGUAACGUGUAUGACACAUUGUCAGGGUUAUGCGCCCCAAACAUACCAAUUAAAAGUACAUACGAAGAAUUAUGUAAAAAGCUGCAAGAAUUUUACCAUCCCAAAAUAAAUCUAGCAGUGCACAGAGCGAGAUUCAUGGACAGAAAGCAAGAAGAAGGUGAAACGAUAAAAGAAUACCUGUUAGCGGUUCGCAAACUGGCUAAAGACUGCGAUUUCAAGGAUGUAGAUGAACACUUAAAAGAAAGAUUGUUGAAUGGUGUCCACAACGAGACAAUCAGAUAUGAAGUUUUGAAGAUGGCUGAUGCGACCCUGGCAAAGCUAACAGCAGUCGCGGAGACAGCAGAGAUGGCUUUUAAACUAUCAGCAAAGCCAGUUGAUGUGUUCAAGCUCUCUACAGAUCGUGGGAAGGCGAGUCUACAGCCUCAAAAAAGGCGUCAACAACAACAACAGUCAAAGUGCCUGUGCUGCGGCAAGACAGGACAUUGGAAGGAUCAGUGCACCUUGCGUUUUAAGUACUGUUCGGAAUGUGGCAGGAAGGGACACAUAUUUAGGCUAUGCCCCCUAAAGAAACCAAGCCUAAAAACGGUGGUUUGCUCUGAAGAAAAAGAAGAAGAUGUUUGUGAAACGAAUAAUCUAGAAGACAUGUACCAAACACUUAAUUUGGGAUGAAAAACAAUAGAAGAAGUAAAUUCAAGAUUAAAAUCUGUAUUGCAACGCUUCACAGAGGCAGAGUUAAAAUUAAAAAUAUCAAAGUGCAAGUUUUUUGAAGAACACCUAACAGUAUUUGGAUAUCAUGUGUCAGGUGAAGGGAUCAGCGUAAUUAAAGAAAAUAUAGAGCCUUUAUUGAAAGCACCCCAACCCGAAAAUAUAAAAAUGUUACGUUCCUUUUUAGGAAAAGUAAAUUAUUAUAAUAGAUUUUUAAAAGAUAUGGCCACAAUACUACAGCCUUUGUAUAAUUGCCUUAGGAAUGAAAACUUUUGUUGGACCCCUGAAUGUAAUAACGCCUUCUUAAAAAUAAAAGGAGCUUUAACAAAAACAGCCACUUUAUCUCAUUACAGCAAUGAACUGCCGAUAAUUUUAAGCUGUGAUGCCUCAGACUGUGGGGUGGCCGCUGUUCUUUCUGUGAAAUCUGAGGAUGGUGUAGUGAAACCAGUAGCCUAUGCCAGUAAAAAAUUGAGUGAUACUCAAAUAAAGUAUCCAACUAUAGAAAAGGAAGCAUAUGCUAUAAUCUUUGGAAUAACUAAAUUUUAUGAAUAUUUGUUUGGACGGACAUUCGAGUUACAAACCGAUAAUGCGGCUCUAGUUACUAUAUUUGGCCCUAAAAAAGGUAUACCAAAAAUGGCAUGUAAAAGAUUACAGCACUGGGCUAUAUUCUUGUCAGGGUUUAACUACACUAUCCAACAUAUAAAAACAGAUUGCAACCCCGCAGACUAUUUGUCUCGCAACCCCACGCCAGACAAUAGUACUUUUAGCCAUCCAAUAUUAGACAGUAGUGAAUUAAGUGUGUUAAAAUUCUUGUCAUUAUCAAAUUUUGAAAAUGUAAAUUGGAAAAUGGUGGAACAAGAAACAAAAAAAUGUACUACCCUAUCAACUGUAAUGAGAUAUUGUACUGAUGGUUGGCCUGAUAAAGCAAUGUUAAAUGAAGAAUUAAAAUCUUUUUAUGAAAAACAAAAUGAAAUAAGUAUUGACCAGGGUUGCUUACUAUGGGGCACACGAGUCAUAAUUCCAAAAAGUCUACAGAAUCUAGUAAUGAACGAAUUACAUGCAAGCCAUUUUGGAAUAAAUAGAAUGAAACAAAUCGCUAGGUCAUAUUUUUGGUGGAUAACUAUAGAUAAGGAUAUCACAGAUAUAACAAAUGCAUGCAUGAUUUGUUUAGAAAACAGAAAGGCCCCCGAAAAGGUACCCCUAACGCCCUGGCCACCGGCCCAUACAGUUUGGGAGCGUUUACAUGCGGAUUUUCUUGGACCUUUCUGUGGUAAGAUGUUUUUAGUGGUGAUAGAUAGUUUUUCAAAGUGGCCAGAAGCAUAUGUGAUGUCUAAUAUAAAGGCUACUAAUACACUAAAAGUUUUUAAGUCACUAUUUGCUCGGUAUGGUUACCCGCUCCAUUUGGUGGUGGAUAAUGGGACAACGUGGACGAGUUCUGAAUUUCAAGAUUAUUGUAAAAGUAAAAAUAUAAAAAUAAGUUACACCCCACCUUAUUAUCCCGCAACGAAUGGAGCCGCCGAACGUUUUGUACAAACCUUUAAAAGCCAUGUAAAAAAAUUUAUAGCCAGUGGCAAGCCACUGGAAGACGCCAUAAAUUUAUUUUUAGUCGAUUAUCGAACAAGUGUAAAUAGAGCCACUGGUGUCAGCCCCUCGAAAUUAAUGUAUCAGCGGGAGUUGAGAACUAGAUUUUCUUUACUUAGACCACAGCCAGUAAGUGCUAGGUUGCAAAUCAAUAAUGAAAAAUUAGUAGAGUUCAGUAAGGGAAAUCGAAACGUGACUUUUGAUGUGGGGAUGAAAGUCAUGGUCAGAGAUUAUAGAGAUAAAAAACGAAAGUGGAUUGCGGGAGAGAUCAAGGAGUGUCUGACACCAGGGGUUACAUAUUUGGUAAAUGUGGAGGGGAGAGACAUAAAACGCCAUGUUAACCAAAUGUUAGCUAUAAGUAAUUAGUGUAAGUUAAUUUCUCGCUGUUCUUUUAUAAAUGUGCUGGGGGAGAGUUGUGGUAACUAAACGCUGUCUGCUCCGCCCCUCCCUCUCUUGGGUUAAAGACGUUGAACUAGUAAGAUGUGCUCUUAUCAUUUAUUACAAUAAAUAAUAGUUAAACAGUUAGUAUUGGUAUUAAUUAAUUACCGGAUACAAAUAAACCCAUUCGAGCAUC